GACACAUCUCAGCAAUGGUUAAGACUUUGGUAACAAUCGCCAGCAUUGGCAGCGGAGUUGCUGUUGUUGCUUGCCUCUUCACUGUUGGAUACAUCUUCAAUGAUAUCAACUCUUUCCAUGAUGAGGUCAUUGACACUAUGACUGAGUUCAAAUUCAACGAGCAACAAGCAUGGAACUCAAUGAUGAAGCCAACUGAUGUAUUCGGAAGAAUCAAGCGUGGAAUCAACAAGAGAGGAGCCCAAUGCAACUGUGGAGCUCAAUCCAAUGGAUGCCCAGCUGGACCACCAGGACCACCAGGACAACCAGGAGCUCAAGGAGAGGCUGGACACGCUGGAGAGGCUGGAAAGCCAGGAGCCAACGGAGUUACCAUCGGACUUACCGGAGGAAAUGGACCAUGUAUCACUUGCCCAGCUGGAGCCCCAGGACCAGCCGGAGCUCCUGGAGCACCAGGACCACAAGGACCAUCUGGAGCCCCAGGACAAGACGCUGUUGGAGAAGGACCAGGACCAGCUGGACCACAAGGACCAGCCGGAGAUGCCGGAGCUCCAGGACAAGCCGGAGCACCAGGACAUCCAGGAGCCCCAGGACAAGGAGGACAACGCAGCCGUGGAACUCCAGGACCAGCUGGAGCUCCAGGACCACAAGGACCAGCCGGAGGACCAGGACAACCAGGACAAUCCGGAGGAGCCGGAGCACCGGGACCAGCUGGAGCUCCAGGAGCACCAGGAGGACCAGGACAGCCGGGACAAGAUGGACAGCCAGGAGCCCCAGGAAACGACGGAGCUCCAGGAGGAGACGCCGCUUAUUGUCCAUGCCCAGCUCGCUCUCAAGUUGUCAAGCACCGCAAAGUUAUGGCUCACAGACGCCACGCUAAGAUUGUUGCUUAAAUUUGGACCAUUUUGAAGUUUAACUUUCUCUCAAUAAAAAUGCAUUUUCCAA